AUGCACAGAGUCACCAAACUUUCAAUUCGUCUAUUGUCAGAUAAAGCAUCAAGAUUUGUACCUAAGGAUGGAGUCUAUCCAAAAGGUUACAUAGUUGGAGGAAUACAUUGUGGUAUUAAAAAAGAUGGUAAAUCAUUUGAUUUAGCUUUACUUCAUAAUACUUUUGGUAAAGAUGCUUCAGCUGCUGCUGUUUUCACUACCAACAAAUUCAAAGCUGCUCCAGUACAAGUUUCUCAAAGAAUAAUAAAGGAAACAAAGGGGUCGGGAAUAAAUUCAAUAGUUGUUAAUAGUGGUAAUGCAAAUGCUGUUACUGGAACACAAGGUAUUAAAGAUGCUAAUGAUAUGGUAAUAGUCACUGAUUCAGUAUUGGAGAAUAAAACUGAUUCAACUUUAGUAAUGUCAACAGGUGUAAUUGGGAAUAAUUUACCAAUAGAUGAAAUAUUAUCAGGUAUUCCAAAAUUAGCAUUAAAUCAUUUAGGUAGUUCUCAUCAAGAUUGGAUAAAUUGUGCAACAGCUAUUUGUACAACUGAUACUUUUCCUAAAUUAGUAAGUAAACAAUUUCAAAUAGGUGAUGACACUUAUACUUUAGCCGGUUUGUGUAAAGGUGCUGGUAUGAUUUGUCCAAAUAUGGCUACAUUAUUAGGUUUUUUUGUGACUGAUGCUCCAGUUUCACCUUCUGCAUUAGAACAAAUUUUAAAAUAUUCAGUUGAUAGAUCAUUUAAUAGUAUAACGGUAGAUGGUGAUAUGUCAACAAACGAUACAAUAGUCGCUAUAGCGAAUGGUGCGGCAGGUGGUGAAGAAAUUGAUUUAAACUCUUCAUGUGCCGAAAGAUAUGGAGCUUUACAACAUGAAAUUACAGCUUUUGCUCAACAAUUGGCUCAAUUAGUUGUUAGAGAUGGUGAAGGAGCUACAAAGUUUAUAACUUUGAAAGUAAAAGAUGCUUUGUCUUAUAAAGAUGCUAAAACAAUAGCUUCAAGUGUUGCUAAUUCUGCAUUAUUUAAAACUGCAAUGUAUGGGAAAGAUGCAAAUUGGGGUCGAAUAUUAUGUGCAAUUGGUUAUGCAGAUGUUGAAAAUGAAGCAGUUGUUCCAUCAAAAACUAGUGUUAAAUUUGUUCCAGUAGAUGGAAGUGAAAGUUUGGAUUUAUUAAUAAAUGGUGAACCAGAAAAAGUUGAUGAAGAUAGAGCUUCAGAGAUUUUACAGGAUGAAGAUUUAGUGAUUGAAAUAGAUUUAGGAACAGGUGGAGGUCAAAGUGCUGAUUUUUGGACUUGUGAUUUUUCUCAUGAAUAUGUAACUAUAAAUGGGGACUAUAGAUCUUAA